CUCCUUAAACAGUUUCACUUUCGUCAGACUGCGAAAGAAGUGAUGGCUGUCUGGAGCCUGGGGAUACUGUGUGGUGUCGCACUCCUUGCUGUAAAGGUUGACUCAGGUUGUGAACUGGGUAAUGUGGACGUUGUUGAAGACUCAGAUAGCUCAUUUACAUGUAAUGUAUCCGCGAACAGUGAACUAAAAUGGGCGGUUUAUAAUGAGAAAAGAGAAACUAUUUUUUUGAUUUCUUGUUCUCAAGGGAGGUGCAAACCUCCGCGAGGCAAGUUAUUUGAAAUAUAUUUUGAUAUGUGGGUCGACUAUUACAAGUAUACACUUAAAAUAAAGAGUAUCACGAGAAAUUCAGCUCGCAUCUUGUCUUGCAACAACUCCGUGAAGUACAGUGAGUGUGAAUUAAAGAUAAUCGUGAAGCCGGUGUAUACAAAGGGUGAUUGCAGUGUAAGGAUUUCAAACUGGAUGGUGAUUGGAAGCUGCACAGUGAAGAGCAUGUAUUCUUCAGACAACAACUACACAUGCAAAUGGAGAAUAAGUAAAAACAUCGAGGAAUUCGGGGGUUUUCAGACCACUCCGACAAGUUAUACUGAACAGAACGGGAGGAAUUAUUAUAAAGGGGUUUGUUCUUUUGCAAAACCAAUUCCUACCUUUCAAAGCUGCUAUACGUACAGUAUGAGCUUGUCGCCAGGUGGUGAUGAUUACUUCAAUGAAAGAAUAUGUACAGAUAAACCAUAUCAGGUACAACUCAGCCACAACUGUCCAGGGUAUGUUUUUGAGGGAUCAGAUGUACAUUGUGAAUGCAAUGCUUCAAGAACCAUCAGUUCACCAGCUCUACUAGUGUGGGAAGGAAUGGACGAUUCAACACUUCAGUUAACAAAUGUAAGCCGCAGAUUAAACCAAAGACAGUUCACAUGUCGGCUAGAAUGGAGUCCAGACGGCUCCAUCAAAGAAACCAUUUCUUACAAACUCAACGUUGCUUAUGGCCCUGGAGAUGUCCUGAUUACUGAAACGACGACAGAUGAGUCACAGACGAUAAGUGUAACCUGCACAGCGACUGAUGUUUAUCCAGCAGCUGAGAUCCGAUGGAACAUCACGUGUUAUAAUCAGACUGACUAUGGAAGCUCCAGUACAUGUUUUCUCAACUUCACUCACAAUGGUGAAAGUCUGGUCAUACUAUGUACAGUGAGCAACGCACACUUUCCUCGAGAGUAUAAGUCACGUGUAUAUGUUUUAUCCUCUAUAGGGAUAUAUAUAUUUUUAACUAUUUCUGAAUUUUUAUCAUUAGUUUGGAGCAACCAAUCAAAUAUAAAUAUUCAAUUUUUUUGUAGGUGUUUAAAUUCCAUUCCAGUUUGAGGUUUGCAAAGACUUAUAUUUGCAUUAUAGUCACAUGAUAAAUAAGUAUAGACGUUUACAGAGUAUGACACAGUUCCAUAAGUUCGUCUGUCUAUAUGGUGAUUCUUUUUAGACAUAAUUUUCAAUUGUCUUUUUUCUUGUUUUUAGAAAACAAUCAGGCAAACACACCACGAGCUAAUGGCGGGGUAGUGAGUGGCGCUAUUGUGGCUGUAGUCAUCAUAAUCAUCGUCGCAGCUUUGUAUUAGUUGGCUACAUCUUAUAUUCUGUUGAUCUAGUUUAUCCUAUGUUCUAUAUUCUUAGGAAUACACUGUUCUAUUGGAAUUUUACAUUGUAAUUUUUUAAACAUUUUAUACAAAAACUAUUUCUUGAUAAGAGACACAUUAUAGCCUUGUUUUUCUCUGCACGUCGUCGUUGUCUUCUUAUCUUCACAAGAAGUGUUUUAGUCGGAUAAACCUCGCUUUACCACAACACUAUUUAAACAUGACAAUAACAGACGCUAAUCCUAGACAAAGAGAGAAACUUCUUAAAAAUUUUCUUUGGCGCUCUAAAGUGUUUACACCAAGAACCUGGCUUACUGAAACCACAUGCUGUCAUCAAGAAGCCACUUACACAGACGCCAAAAAAACGACAAGUAUCUCCUUCAGGCGACAUGUACACCAUCACUAACACAACCAGUUCAGGUCACGUGGUUGAUGACUAUGCAUUGGUCUCUAAAAACACCGGUGGCAUAGAAAGUAAAGGUGCUUACCGAAUGAUUCAAGUCUUACAGUCAGACAUAAAGGCCAUUAGUGGCUUUGAAACCAGCCACAAAGCCAAAGCCACCUACAAGAAACAAGACCAACGCCCAAGAUUUGCAUGGUGAAAAAUCGGCUUGCUUUGUCCACAAGUUUUGUGGAAGUUCAAAAUAUGAUGGAAAAUAUAAACACAUAAAUAUUAUGCAUAUAUAAAGAAUAAAAGAAGAAUUCAAGAAGGUUAAUAUAAUUUUUAAAAGAAAAAUAUUUAGAAUAAAUUGAGAAGACAUCUUGUAAAUUUUUCCUUUGUUAGAUUUUGUACACAAAUUGUUCAAGCACGAAAACGAAUGCAGAAGCUCGGGUCUGUAAUAAAUAUAUGCUUGCACCCCUAUAAGUUCAUAUACAGACAAGUUGCAAAAGUUAUAUAAUUGUACUAGUACUUUGUACAAGUAUGACAGUGUACACUUUAAAUUGAUUUAAACUUACAUAAAUAAAGUACAUAAAUGUG